AUGUUAGAGCAUGGCAUGUCUGCUGAACUACCUCACGUCUGCAAGGGUAUGUCGUAUGACGCCCUCGGCCUGGCGUGCUACUACGGACGCGACGAGGCCAUGCAGUGCAUUCUCACACACUCCAAAGGCGUAGGUCCUGCCACGGCCAAAACCCUGAGCCCCGGACAGGCUGGCGGCAUCGAAGCACUAGGCACGGCCAUCGAAUGUGGCUUCGCCGAGGCAAUUGACUUGCUCCUCCCUUACAUAGCGAAACGACCCGACAUAACGGCUCACAGCCUUCUCUUGACUGGCGCCGUACACCAUCAACCAGCAUUGGUGCAGCAGCUCUUCGGUCACUUUGAACGCGCCGGUCGUGGAGCUGAAGUGCUUGAAUUCCAGGACCAGUGGGGAGCGACCAUUUUAGAUCUGUCACUCGAAUAUGGACACCUUGACCUCGCGCGCUUCCUCUUGGGAAAAGGUGCCAAGUAUGAUGUGUAUCGUCUCAGGGGAGAUCACAGUAUCGACGCAGGCCCGCAGUCCACCCUGGUGUCGGCACUGCCACGAACAGAGCCCAUCAAGCUCCUGAUGGAGCUAACGCCAAAGCCCAGCCUCGUUGUGACGAGCACGGGGCUCAAUGUUUUCCACGUCCUGGCCGCUGACGAUAAGCUUAUUGGCACGAGCGGUGGCCACGCCGAGUUCCUGGAAGUACUUGAAUACUUCCACGGCCUCGACCCGACCCUCAUCCACGCCCGCGGCGGUGUCGAGGGCUUUACACCUUUCCAUCUUGUCAGCCUGCACUACGCGGAGAGACUUGGCUCGUUCCUGCGCGCACACGGUGCGGAUAUCAAUGCCGUUUCUGCGAAGGGCCACACACCACUCGAUCUGCUGCAUUUCCACGAUGAUGGCGAUCGAGGCGUCGACGAGCACCUUACGGUCGACUACCGGUCCGGGAAGGCGCAAACGGGCGUCGCUAUCUGUGACUUUGCCAUGGCCGGCCCCGUGUACUGGAAACUCGAGGCGAAGCUGUCGACGAAGCUAAAGGAGCUGUACGGGACAUGGGGCGCAAAGAGGGCCUCAGAGAUUAGGACGCGCCAGUCUGGCCUACCAAAGGAUCCUCCUACGAUUACUCGUCGAGGUAGGAGUAGCGAUGAUGAUGAGGUUUCGGAGUUGAUCACCCGGCUCCUUCUGCGUGCUGACCCCCUCGGUUUACGGCGUGCUGAUCCCAUGGCGGAAUUUUGGAGCGGAGGGAUCACCGAGUACUAUGAAGGCCCAGAUGGGAAAGAGCAUGUCAGGCAUUUCACAGGAUAG